UUGUGAGGCGCCUGUCACAUGAGCCUCGCGCCAGCCCCACUCCCCCUCCUCCGCGACUGGGUUGUGUGAAUGAAGCUCUGCCGGCUACGUGGGGCGCUAACUCAACUUGGUGUCUCGGACGCCAGAGCCGAUCGAGCGCGCCUGCCCACCGGCGGGUGGACACGGGUUCCACAGCUCCUGACCUCGGUGACAGAGCAAAUCAAUUGCCCGGAGUUCCAGGUGAAGUUGUGUGCCUGCCCUGGUGAUAACGUCAGUGGAAGCUAUCCAGAGUAAAUGAGGGAAAUUCAGAAAUUGGAGCAUUAAAAGCCAGUUUGGGGCCCUGGUGUCUUGCAGAACAUAGGACCACACAGCUGUGUUUCCAUCCACACACCAUUGUCUUGGGGAGGUGGGGAGCUCCAGGAAGCAUUGAACCAGUGACCCCAGCACAGGAGAAGAUAAGUUCAAGAUGGCCAUGUGGCAGGGAGCCAUGGAUAACAGAGGCUUUCAGCAAGGGAGUUUUAGUAGCUUCCAGAGUAGCUCCAGUGAUGAAGAUUUGAUGGAUAUACCUGGGACAGCAAUGGAUUUCUCCAUGAGAGAUGAUGUUCCUCCCUUGGAUCGAGAAAUAGAAGGGGACAAAUCAUACAAUGGUGGAGGAAUAGGUUCUUCAAAUAGGAUCAUGGAUUUUUUGGAGGAGCCAAUCCCUGGUGUAGGAACCUAUGAUGAUUUCAACACAAUUGAUUGGGUGAGAGAGAAGUCUCGAGACCGUGAUAGGCACCGAGAGAUUACCAAUAAGAGCAAAGAGUCGACAUGGGCCCUAAUUCACAGUGUGAGUGAUGCUUUUUCCGGCUGGCUGUUGAUGCUCCUUAUUGGGCUUUUAUCAGGUUCCUUAGCUGGUCUGAUAGACAUCUCUGCUCAUUGGAUGACAGACUUAAAAGAAGGUAUAUGCACCGGAGGAUUCUGGUUUAACCAUGAACACUGUUGCUGGAACUCUGAUCAUGUCACCUUUGAAGACAGAUACAAAUGUCCAGAGUGGAAUAGCUGGUCCCAGCUUAUCAUUAGCACGGAUGAGGGAGCCUUUGCCUACAUAGUGAAUUAUUUCAUGUAUGUCCUCUGGGCUCUUCUAUUUGCCUUCCUUGCCGUAUCUCUUGUCAAGGUGUUUGCACCUUAUGCCUGUGGCUCUGGAAUCCCUGAGAUAAAAACUAUCUUGAGUGGCUUCAUUAUUAGAGGCUAUUUGGGUAAGUGGACCCUGGUCAUCAAAACCAUCACCUUGGUGCUGGCAGUGUCAUCUGGCCUGAGCCUGGGCAAAGAGGGCCCCCUAGUGCAUGUGGCUUGCUGCUGUGGGAACAUCCUAUGCCACUGCUUCAACAAAUACCGUAAGAAUGAAGCCAAGCGCAGAGAGGUUUUAUCAGCUGCAGCAGCUGCUGGUGUAUCUGUAGCCUUUGGGGCACCUAUUGGUGGAGUGUUAUUCAGCCUUGAAGAGGUCAGCUACUAUUUUCCACUGAAAACCUUAUGGCGUUCCUUCUUUGCUGCCCUAGUAGCAGCAUUUACUCUACGCUCCAUCAAUCCAUUUGGGAACAGCCGCUUAGUUUUAUUUUAUGUGGAGUUUCACACUCCAUGGCAUCUCUUUGAGCUUGUGCCAUUCAUUCUAUUAGGCAUAUUUGGUGGCCUGUGGGGAGCUCUGUUUAUCCGCACAAACAUUGCCUGGUGUCGGAAACGUAAGACCACACAGUUGGGCAAAUAUCCUGUUAUAGAAGUACUCAUUGUGACAGCCAUCACUGCCAUUCUGGCCUUCCCUAAUGAAUACACCCGAAUGAGCACAAGUGAGCUCAUUUCGGAGCUGUUCAAUGACUGUGGCCUUCUGGACUCCUCCAAGCUGUGUGAUUAUGAGAAUCACUUCAACACAAGCAAGGGCGGUGAGCUGCCUGACAGACCUGCUGGCGUGGGAGUCUACAGUGCCAUGUGGCAGCUGGCUUUGACACUCAUACUGAAAAUUGUCAUUACUAUAUUCACCUUUGGUAUGAAGAUCCCUUCUGGCCUCUUUAUUCCUAGCAUGGCUGUUGGCGCUAUAGCAGGUCGCCUUUUAGGAGUAGGAAUGGAGCAGUUGGCUUAUUACCACCAUGACUGGAGCAUCUUCAAUAGCUGGUGUAGUCAGGGAGCGGACUGUAUCACGCCUGGCCUUUAUGCCAUGGUUGGGGCUGCAGCCUGCUUAGGUGGGGUGACUCGGAUGACUGUUUCUCUUGUUGUCAUAAUGUUUGAACUAACUGGUGGCUUGGAAUAUAUCGUGCCUCUGAUGGCUGCAGCCAUGACAAGCAAAUGGGUAGCAGAUGCUCUUGGGCGUGAGGGCAUCUAUGAUGCCCACAUCCGUCUCAAUGGAUACCCCUUCCUUGAAGCCAAGGAAGAGUUUGCUCAUAAGACCCUUGCAAUGGAUGUGAUGAAACCCCGGAGGAAUGAUCCUUUAUUGACUGUCCUUACUCAGGACAGUAUGACCGUGGAGGAUGUGGAAACGAUAAUCAGUGAAACUACUUACAGUGGCUUCCCAGUAGUAGUGUCCCGGGAGUCUCAAAGACUUGUAGGCUUUGUCCUUCGAAGAGAUCUCAUUAUUUCAAUUGAAAAUGCUCGAAAGAAACAGGAUGGGGUUGUGAGCACCUCUAUCAUUUAUUUCACUGAGCAUUCUCCUCCAAUGCCACCUUACACUCCACCCACCCUGAAGCUUCGGAACAUCCUGGAUCUCAGCCCCUUCACUGUGACUGACCUUACACCCAUGGAGAUCGUAGUGGAUAUCUUCCGCAAGCUGGGACUGCGGCAGUGCCUGGUUACCCACAAUGGGCGAUUGCUGGGAAUCAUUACCAAAAAGGAUGUGCUAAAGCAUAUAGCACAGAUGGCAAACCAAGAUCCUGAUUCCAUUCUCUUCAACUAGAAUCAUGGGUUGUUCUGGAUAUAAGACAGGAAGGACAUUGCACCAUGGAUAUAUUUUAUUAACUGGGUACCCAAAAACACAUUUCCCAUAUUUGGAUGGUGAAGUCCUAAUUAGUGUGUUGUCUCUUUCCUAAAAGUUAACCAGUUGCACUACAUAAUCUCUGGAAAUUAAUCUUCUCUUUAGGAGAAAAUACAAUUAGGCUUCUGUGAUCUUUGCAUUAGGAAGAUUUUGUGAAAGAGUAUACAAGAUUGCUAUGGUUUAAUCAUAUUUGUGUUAAGUAUUUUUUUUACUUUUAAAAAGAACUGUUAGCCAAUAUGAAAUCCCUGAAAACUAUGCAAGAAAAAUUCCAGCCGUCCUGACAUAUAGCCUGCAGGAAAUUCAUAAGAAAGUCACUUUUGGGGGUGAGAGGAAACCUGUUAUUGGUGGAAGAUGAAGUGUAAACUUAAGGGGCUUUGCUUUUUCAAACUACAGAAAAGAAAGCCAGAAGGAAAAAAAAAAUAGUCAUGGUAUUUUCUAGACUGUGAAGAUUCAAUUCCAAUGUUAUCCUUGUUUCUGUUACAACAUUUAGCAUUAUUAGUUUGUUAUGUGUGUAUGUGUAUGUUCAUUUUAAUUUCUGAUUAUAAGAGAAUGCUGCUUUGGUUAAUCUCCUCUAAAUGAAUUUAGAGAGGUUGACUUUUAUAGCUUGCUUGUUCCUGGUACUCUUUUGAAGUGCACAAAGAUAAGUUAUAGAGCUUUCUCCUUGUCUGCAAAAAAGGGUAAAUUUCCAGAUGGUAUUUGUUAGCUAGUAGACAAGGACUUUGCCAUGCAUUUGUUAAUCACAAGUAAUAAUUUUUUCCCCAGCUUCCUUGAAACAAUUAGUAAAGUUUUAAGCAAAGUCAAUGACUAGGAAUUUCACAUUUUUGUGAGGUCCUAACUUUCUCUUACCCAGACGCCGCCUCCAUGAGUGAUGGUGCUUUAGGCUUCUGGAAUAUGUAAGAACAGUAAAGGGAAUCAAGUCUAGACUGCACACUGGUAAACCAGGGAAGAUUCAGAGUUGCAUCGGCAUCCUCAUGCAUUCCUUUAUAAAGACCGCCAGAAUUAAAUAACUGGGCAUUCAUGCUCCUCCCAGUGAUAAAUAUGUAUAACAGGCCAGUGUUGUCCCCAGGAACAUGAAUUAAGCUUGGGAUACUUUGGAAUUAUAUUGAAGGUAUUGGAAGGGGAUAGGCCUCUGUGACUCCCUUGAUGGUCCUUAGAAUUCUAAAUAAAAUGCAGAGCCAUCCUAAGACCCCAGGGGUAUAUGGACAAGGCCUGGUGUCACCAAAGGUGCUUGUAUCCAAUUGAAAAGGUGCCUGUCUCAAUUUCAUACCACAUUUAUUGCAAUUUUAAAAAAUCACACUAUAGGGACACCAAGUAGAAUUAAAGAACCACCACCAUCAUUCCAACCACUAUUUCAUUUUUCUAUAGUUUUUAUCUGUGUGCAAUUACUCCCCUUCCAUUUGAUUCCCCUUCUUUCUCCUCAGCACUGAGUCUUCUCUUCUACGGUUGAAUACUAUGCCUGGUUAAUCAUUCCUAAUAACAAAAAGGAGCUACUAGGGCUAACUGGCAAGUCAAGGCUCAGAAGUCUUAAACACAUGGACUAGAGGACAUACAGCACUUUUCUUUGCCUUGUGGCCAAGUUGCUGCUGCCAUGCUCCCAUUUCUGCUCCCAGAUGCCCAGGGCAGUGAGGCUAUGUUAUCAGGGGUGAGUGUUCAGCCUUGUCCAUUUUACAAGUCUGUUCCCAAGACUUCCGGUCAUCUUUCCAGGCCAGAAACAGCAAUCACUUGGCCCAUUCCCCUGGACCCACUCCACCUUCAAACACUCCAUUGUACCUCAUUUUAAAAGUUAUUUAUUCCCCUAGUCGAGGACUUCUUAGUGCUAGGUUUUUUCUAAAACCUGAAAAUCUUUUAUUGCUCAGAGCUGAGUAGCCAAGGCUUAUUCUUUUAUUUUUAAUCUUUAAAAUAUUAAGGCAACUCCCCUCUCUACUUUUUCCUUUGAAGUAUUAUCAGUCUAGCAUUUUUAAUGAGAAAAAAUGUUUCAGGGUAUAUAGUAUUGUAGUUGUGGUUUAGUAAUUUUAUAUCCUUUGUCCCUUCCAUAUAUAUCGCUGAGAUAUGAGAUAAGACUCUGUUUGACCACUCUAUAUAUUAUGUAUACAUCAAAGUUCUUAUCUGUAUAGUUUUGGUUCAAUACCUAUCCUCAUUAGCUGUCCUUACCCAUGCAAGUUUGCAAAACUGGAAACGUUACAUGCCUGGUAUCUGAUGGCAGAGGAGAGGUUUGCUCUUAUUUCAUAGUACAGCAGCAACACAGAGGGAGUCCCAUUUGCCUUUGUUUCUUCUCGGCUUUGUUCUUGAUUUUCGACAGAUGAGCCAGUGUUAAGGUGCUACUUCAGAGAAUACAUUCAAGAAAUCAGACAACACUGUGCCAAGGUAUACUUUCUAGAUGUUAAGCACCAAUUGGCCCUCAAGAGAAUGACAAUAUUCCUUUGAUACCUCAUUCCUGAUAGAUCACAUUCAUUAACCUCAGCUGCUCAGGAAUCCUUUGUAGCUUGUAUGCUAGAUAUAGUGUCUACUCUAUGUCCAAUCCUAUGAUUUGGCUCAAAGGUUGGCUAAUUGUGGCUAGAGUACUCUAUAAGACUGCUAGCUCAGCACUCUGAUACUCAGUGGUUUCCGUCUUGAGGUUAAGGAAAGUAUUCUUCCUGCCAUUACAAUUCUAGCAAUGAGACAUCCUUUUAUUCUUCUUUUUUUGUGCUGGGCCUGAGGCUUGAACUCAGGUCCUAGGCACUGUCCCUGAGCUUUUUCAUUCAUGAAGUACAGCUCCACUUCGUGCUUUUGAGGUCAUUUAUUGGAGAUAAGAGUCUCAUGGAAUUUCAUGCCUGGCCUGGCUUUGAACUGUGAUCCUCAGAUCUCAACCUCCUAAGUAGCUAGGAUUAUAGUAUGAACUACUGACACCCUGAAGAGACAUUCGUAAGCUCCAAACCAAGCCAAUAUAGGGAGAGGGUGACAAUAGCCUCAAAGACUACAUACCGCAGUGGCCAAAGCAAGAUAGUGUAUUUUGAUGUCACAAAAGACAAUUGCCUGAUACAAGGAAGGGUUUAGGAAACAAUGCCAAUAAGUACUUUAACAGAGUUUGGAUUUUCUAAGGAAAAAUAUCCAGUGGGCAUCCAGCUACCUAUGAAGGGAGGGAGGGGCAGCCCUUAGAAUUUAUUUUUUAAGUCUAACUGCUGCACUUUGUGUCUUCAGCUCCUCAAUUGAAGGAAUCUAAGGAAGCUGAAACAGUUAAUGUGACUUAAAUUGGAGGGAAGAAGCAGAGGACUGAUGUACAAAAUAAUAUCUAUGUGAAAGAUAAUUUCUAUUUUGAUGUUUGGUUAGGAGUGAGUUGCAACACACUCUUUCUCUGGCCCCAGUGUCCUGGCUCAGUCCCACUGUAGAGUUAAUCCCUAAAACAUACUCUGGUAGAUUAUCUGACAUUUGAGAUUCUUGAAAUUGGACAGCUGGAAGAGCUAAUUAAACUGCAAAAGAGUUCGAUUGUGUUGGCACUGAAUUUGGAAUCUAAACCAUUUAAAGGAAGAGCAGCAUCCUUGUAAAAUAUCUCUAAAUAAGUGAAGUGAACUUAAAUGUCCUAAAACCUUCUUUUCUUGGAACUUCUUUUGGAUUCUCUUUGGGGAGGAAAUCAAAACUGUUGAGAAGGGCCCUGGUAAGAAAAUAUACGAAUGGUGUCAGGUGGUAUGGUAUGAGGAAAGCCAUCCUGUGCUCCAUACCAUGCAUCCUCACAUUGGGAUGUAUAGAAAUUGCUUGAUUCUGGGACUUGAAGGAAGAAAUAGGUGAAGUAAUCUGCCAAGGCCAGGAUUGCCAAACAAACUAGAGGCUCAAAGUGAUGUUUGGCUCAAGGGUAGUUUAGUUUUAUGGAGUGAGCGGAUUUAAGACAUUAGCUUAUGAAGGAAUAUACCAACUAAAUGGAUCUCUGUCAGCCUUCCUAGUAUGUCCAUUAUAUGUUGAAAAGAGAAAGGUGAGAGCUCCUCAAGGAGCAUUCAGGAGCCAUGUAAAUUUGAAGCUUAGGUUCAGAGGACAGGGUGCUUGCUGGGCUUUUCUUUGAUUGUAGUCUUUUGCUCCAAGGUGAGAAGUGGGAAAAGUGUGUAUUAGCAACUAUUAAUUUACUCCCUCUACAUUUGCUGGCCACAUUCUCAUUUCUAAAUAUCUGGAUAUGGAUAAAGUUUUGAAGAGAUACCAGACACAAAAAUGGUGUUUUGUUUUGUUUUUCUUCCCCCAUGAUGAUAGUCUGAUUUUACCAAAAUCCCCAAAGAAAGAAAAUGUAAUGUGUACAGCUUGAUUUCUUGGAUGUGGCCUAUCAAAUCAUCAACCCAGCCCAUCUUUGCAGUCAUAAAUUUCUACCUCUUAAGUUCCUACCAAAGGGUCUUCAGCCUCUAUGUGCACACUCAUCAAAUGAAUGCCUUGCCUAAAGUUUAGUCCAUUGGGAAGAAACAGCAUUUGGUGAUUUUUAAAAUGAGGUAAAAAUAAAAUAACAGUUUCUGCCUCUCCUCUUAUCCCCUCUCAAACUGUCUCACCCCCUGCCCCUACCCCCACAAACCAUGUCCCAGAUUCCAGUAUCUCUUCGUUUUUGUUUGAAUGUGGGCCUUGAUGGGGAGGGAGAGGAUGAGUCUAACAACAAGGAACAGAAACCUCUCAACGUUGUGGGAGCACCAGUGAUUUGCUAGUUCUGCUGUAGAUGCCAAAGGCUGCUACCUUACUUGUUGGGAGUGUUAAGGGGUUUAGCAUAAGACAAAUCUAUAAAGUGUUUGUUGAUAAAGCUUGUUAUGAGCUACUAGUCCAAAUGUGUUGGGAUUCAGAGGCAGUCUAGGAUUUAAUUAGGGAAAUGCCCAUCUGGCAGAAUGGGAAUGAAGAUGUUGCCUGCAGUGAUUUUUGGAGGUGGAGGGGGAUGCUCAGCCUCACUAUCAUAUCAAGGGUACCUCAGAGUAUACAAUCAUUUAAGAGUGCACCUCCCUUCUGUCAUUUCACCUUGUUCUUCAUCCUCCUUCCCCAUUAUCCUGCCUUUUUAGUACUCAGCUUUAUAUAUAUACAUAUAUAUGUAUAUAUAUAUACACACACACACAAGUAUUUACUUUUUUAUUAUAUAUUUGGUCCUUUGGGACUGUGUAAUGAUUAAAAUUUUAUUCCAUUCAAGAUAACAAUGAUUUGUGUAAUGACAUAUUUUUUCAUUCUCUUAAACUGUCUUUUGACGCUAUGCUGCUAACCAGGUACAGGCCAGAAAGGAGUUGGGCCUGACAGCAUCUGGAUCAUGUCAUCUAAGAGUGACAGUGAUGUCAUGAUGGUGACUCUUCUUCAUUUGACCAAGGCCAACCUCCUGCUCUUACCUCUGCCCCUUCAUUUCUGGCUAUGGGAAAUAUACCAGCUGUUAGGUGAGCCAUUGAAAACGGGAGGAUCAGAGGAGCCAGGUUUCAUCCUAUGGGCACUAUGAGAAUUUCUCCAUAGUAAGCUCAUUUAUCGGGCUGGCUCCAAUGGAAGUAGCCAAAGAAAACCUGUCUGACUGGACAUUUUAAUUCCCAAGAGUUGGUCCGAGUUCAGCGGAAGCUAAUAUAUACACAUCAGCAGUAGUGAGGCAUCUAGAAACUAGCUUCAACCAAAGCUAACAGAGCCUGAGUUUCCACAGGAAACUUGGUGCUGAGCUGUUUAGAGCAGUUAUUAUCUGAGUGUUGCCAACCCUUCAGCCAUGCUUUCGUAGCUUUAUCCUCACCUGUUCGUAGACACAGCUUGAAUCAAAGCUGUGGCUUACUGCUCACAUUGUUUUUGCUCCCUGGUCAUGCAUAGUAACAUAGUGCAAAAACAAAGACAUGGACUGGGGAGCUAGGAGACCUGGUUUCUAUUCCCUAUGCUUGUACUAACUAGCCUCAAGAUCUUAACCGCUCUGUGCCUCAGUGUUCCCAUCUGCAAAAUGGGGAUAGUGUUAAUUGCCCUACCUACCUCACAGGGUUGUUGUGAGGAUAAACUGAGACAAUGAAUGGAAAAGUACUUUGCCAAGUAAGUGCUAUGCAAAUUGUAAGAAAUGGAAACAAUCACGUUAAAGGCAAUGGAAUGGACAUUGGCAGAAGGGUUAAUGGGAUUGUCCAGCCCUUUCUUUGUGUGGCUUAAACCCAGGUCGCCAUUGCUUUAUACAUUUUCACUUAGCACAGAUUUGUAAUUAUGCAUGUAAUAAAGCACAGCCUUAUCCAA